AUGGACCUGACAAUACUCCAAUGCAACCUGAACGGGAGCAGCUUCGCACAUUCGCUGCUCCCACAAAUUGCGGCGGAAAUGGACGCGGACGUACUCGUGAUAAGCGAACAGUACAGAAACCGAAUAGACAGUGGGGCCGGAGAAGACUAUUCUUGUACAAGGGUGGGCUCUGUCACUAUUGUCAGUGUCUACCUUUCUCCGAACAAUAGCGCGCGCGAAUACGAAGACAAGCUAAAAGUCCUGGAAGACGUCGUAAGAGACCUUACUGGCGAUGUAAUCAAGGCGGGCGAUUUUAACGCGAGAGCGAUCGAAUGGGGGAUGCCUACGACGAACAGACGAGGACGACUGAUUCUACAAAUGGCCGUCCGACUAGAAUUGGAAGUCGUAAAUGACGGAAACAUGACCACCUACAAACGACCCGGUUUUGGUAAUUCUAUACCAGAUAUAACCCUAGCCACGGACAGGAUAUUGACAAGGCUGAGGGGAUGGAAAGUGAUCGAGGACUACACAGCCAGUGAUCACCAGUACAUCGUCUUCAACCUGACUAAUGACGCCACGUCGAGGCAAAGACAGAGCAUGCGGACAACACGAUGGGACAUUGGACGCAUAAACAGGGACGAAAUCAAGAGACAACUGCGGAACGUAGUAAUACCUUCUGCGGAUUUGUCUCAAGGGCGGGCGGACCGAGCCGAGGCUGAACGGAGUGCUAAUGAUCUGGAAAAGUAUCUGCAGGGCAUCUCCGAGGCCGCGAUGCCACGGAAACGAUACAGACAGGACAGAAGGCAGACCUACUGGUGGACGCAGGAAAUUGCCGAAAUCAGAAAAGCAUGCCUCCGACACCGCAGACUAGCGGGAAGGGAACGGGACCCGGACGAAAGAGAGGCUAUCUCGCGGGAAUACAAGCUCGCGAGACGGCUACUUAGACAGACGAUCAACAGCACGAAACAACGGCGUUGGAGACGACUGGAAGACGAAGUAGAGUCAGACCUCUGGGGGGAAGGCUAUAAGAUUGUGACUCGCAAACUUGGCGCCUGGAAUCCCCCCGAGACGAAGGACGCGGAUACAUUGGUGAGGAUUGUCCACGAUCUCUUUCCUACUCACCAGGACAGAACGGACGAUACGGACAUGGACAACGCAGUGGAAUGUCCACUUUUCACGGUGGCGGAGCUUGAGAGUGCUGCAGCCAAACUGAAGCCUCGAAAGGCCCCGGGACCUGACCGCGUGCCUGGGGAGCUGCUAUAG